AUGACGCGAUUAAUACUUUCAACCUCCAAUGUUAUGACCGGCGGCCCCUCGAUUAUGAGGAGGCCCGGCGCAGACAGAUCAAACCUCGAGCUUAUAAAUUCCCUUCGGAGCAAUUUUCUCGCCGCCCAGGAGGACUAUUCUCCUUCUUCCACGUCGAAUGGCAGUAGCCCCCGGAGUGACCAAGAAGAAUCCCAGGUCCGGCCGCCUGUCUCUACCUGGACGACUCGCCAUGCCUCGGACUUUUACAUCCCCACAAUUGACUGGUCUUUGGCUGGUCUCUUCGAAGAGCGGAACCAGUACGAUAUUACCGUCAAGUUAUUUUAUCUACCGGCCGCGGAUAUAAGGGACAGAGCGCAGCAUACCAAAGAUGCAAUACAACUGGUUCUCAGGCAAUUGGGUGUUCAGUAUAUCGACCUUCUCAUUGUGUCAUUUCCUGGGUUGUCAUUUGAUGGAGACUGUGAAUGGGAGGCAGAUAAGAAGAACUCGGCACAAGGGAAUGAUAAUGAAGAAGUUGCUUCCUGGGCGGUGCUUGAAGAGCUUUACGACCAAGGCACUGUUAAGAAGUUAGGCGUUGCGGAGUUUGGCAGCGAGAAGCUAUCCAGAUUUUUGACGAGAGUCAAGAUACGCCCAAAGGUGGACCAAGUCAACAUAAAAGACUGUUGUAAUGUUCCACCUCCCCUUUUGAAGCUUGGAAAACUGGAAAACAUUGAACUUCUAGUGCACAAUGAUUGCACUAAUAUCCUUCCUAGUGGGACACUGAGAGAGCUACUGGGACAAGGUCCAGACGGAGCUGGAGUGUUAUCGGAGACCAAGCGGGGUUUGGACGGCAUAAAGGGAGACUUGACGCCUGAGUGGGUGGUUAAAUAUACAGCAGUUGUUCGAGACCGAGGCGUGAUAGAGAACAAGGGUUACUUUGCAGUAGCACAGUUGAAGGAAUGA